AUGCUGAUAUAUCGACUAGUCUAUAUCUGUUGUUAUUUGCAUUUAUUAAUUCCGUUGAUUAAUUUUACUCUAGCUGAUUAUACAUUAUUUCAAGAAGAAACACGUUUAAUACGUAAGCUUUUAAAUGAAUCAACGUAUUUAAAAAAAGUUCGCCCAUUACAAGAAGUCGUUGUUGAUAUUCGUUUUAUAUUCAAUCAAAUUAUAUCAAUGGUUGAAAAAGAACAAAUUAUUGUGACAAAUUGUUUUGUUGAUCAAAAAUGGACAGAUCCACGGCUUGUUUGGAAUCCAGUCGAAUUUAAAAAUAUAACUUGGAUUCGAAUAGCAGCAACAUCUGUCUGGUAUCCCGAUACAUUUUUAUACAAUACAGCUGAUAAUGCUGGUUUUCUCCUUCCACAAGAUUCACAAAAUAUGAUUGUGAGUUUCAAUGGAACAGUAUUUUGGCCACUACCGCUUGCCCAAUUACGAACACGUUGCCGAAUGACGAUUAAACAUUUUCCUUUUGAUGAACAAACUUGUGAUAUGAUAUUUGGUUCAUGGAGUCAUACAAGUUCUUUAAUACAUUAUCAAUUUUGGGAGAAUAAACCAGAAAUACCACAAUACGUACCCAAUAAUGAAUGGAAAUUGUUAGCUAUCACACAAUCGAUUAAAACCGUUGAUUAUCCAAAUUGGGUUGAACCUGAUACAUUCUAUGAAGUUAAUUUUACAAUUUUAAUUGUACGAAAACCUUUACAAGCUAUUUAUAAUACUGUUGUACCAGCAUUAAUGUUAACGACUUUAACUCUUGUCUCAUUUUUUAUUCCUUUUGCUCAAGAAAUGCAAAUAGGCAUUAGUAUUAUGUUAGCUUAUUCCGUAUUCAGUUUACGUCUAUCAGAAGAUGUACCGUCGCAAAGUGAUAGUGUGCAUUUGAUCAGUUUAUAUUUAACUAUAUGCAUGUUGAUUUCAUUAUUGGCUAUGACUUGGUUUGCUAUUGCUAAUAAAUUACGUGAAAAGAAACGGCUGCCAUAUUGGCUUCGGUGGUUCGUACUGAAUUAUCUAUCUUGGCUUGUAUUUGCUAGAAGUAUGCAUCAAAAAGCCGUACGUGCUGUGGAACUUGAAGAACUGAAAAGUGCUGCUUCUCGACCAUCGAUAGGUGUUACUAAUCUAGCACCACAAACAACAACAAAUUCCAAUAAUGAUGGUUCGGAACGAGAUCCCGAAUCAAGUAGAAUUUCAGCAACAGCUCCAAUUCUAUCAAUUAACAAAUCUCCAUCAUCGAACGAACAAACUACUCUUUUAACGCUACCUUUACAAUCGAAUAUAUCGCCCAGUAAUGAAACAAAUAUUUCGGCUCCAAAUUCACCAUCAUUAGUAUGGAUUCGACGACGAUUAUCAAAUAUUUCACUAUCACCAUCAAAAAAUGAACGCAUACGAAAAUCAUCUAUUCAUACGCAAAAUAAAUCUCGACAGUCUCAGUUAACGAAAUUAGUCAGUCAAACAACAACCAAAAAUCGAGAAAGUCUAUACGCAUUGCAUAUUAUUAAUCGAUUCAUUUUUCUUAUCUUUUUGCUAACUGUUAUCAUUAUUAAUAUUUAUACAUGGUUUUUUUAUGCACGAACCGUUCGAACAAAAUUACUGGAUGAAAAUGCUUCAUGGUAUUGUUAUGAUGAAUCUCGUCUUGAAAUUGUUAAUUGUAGUCAUAAGAAUGUGCAUUGA